AUGUCGAAUAUACCGUCUUCGGCAUCCAGGCGGCCAAGAAUCCAGCAACGAACCGAGUCGCUUCUUCCACCACACCAAUCCAAGUCCAUCACCAGCGUCCCAGUUACUCCAGGCAUUUCUCAGGGCACAUAUAUCAAUGGGGUACCAGGGUUGAGAAGUCCCGAGUCUGCAAGACAGGAGUAUUUCCCUCGUCAUCACGCUCCUGGUUCAGCACAGUCUCGGACAUCUGGUACGAAGGUGAAGCCGCUAGCCUUGAGCCCGCCAACUUGGGAAGGCUCUGAUUUAAGCGGAAAUGUGCUCUCUGCCACUUUCACUCUGCCCCAGGCGAUACAGUAUAGCCAGGGAGGAAAAUGGAAAGUAUCGCAGCAGUCAUAUCAUUGCUCCGCCCAUCUAGAUUCGCUCGCCUAUCUUUCCUCCGACCGCUGUUGCUGGAACCACACGGUCAUCGCCUGGACGGGAGAGAUAUCCUGCACUUUGGCCGAUGAAACACCCCAAGCUACGAUUCCGAUGCCAACGACGGCCACGCAGUGUGAGCAGCCACAAAUCGACGACGAAGCAGCCUCAAAGGACAUCUUCAUCGCCAACAGGGACAAGGCAAAGCUUGAAGAAUUGCUGUACUGCAAUCCCAUACGAACCCUGCCAGUCUGGCUUGCCGAUGAACGCGACGAUACGGCUGAUGGAAUCCGGCUGAAGCAGCAGUCGCGAUGGAGGCGCUACGCAGAACACGAUGUCUGCGCAUUGUUCCAUUACAAGCAACACCCCCCGACGGAUGGCCGCAAAGCAGACGGUCGAUGGGAUGAUUACUGCCGGGUGAAUGAGGUGUACGCGGACAGAAUCAGCAAAGUCUAUCAGAAAGGAGACAUUGUCGUGGUGCACGAUCACUACUUGAUGCUUCUGCCAGAAAUCCUUCGCCGGCGCCAUCCAGACAUGCACAUUGUCUUUUACCUAGAAUCCCCCUUUCCCACCAGCGAACUUGUGCGGUGUCUGCACCGACGAGAGGAAAUCUUGAACGGCGUUCUUGGAUCGGACCUUGUUUGUUUCCAGGCCUUUCACUACGCGCAGCAUCUUGCCAACUCGUGCGAGAGAAUCCUCGGCUGUUCUGCAAGCAGUGAAUGGGUAAAAACCACCAGGGGACGAGUCCACAUGAGCGUUAAUCCGCUGGGAAUCAACGUCUCCAAAAUCACUUCCCUGGCUUUCUCAGAAUCGGUUGACAAAAAGUACAAGGAGCUGCGCAAGCUGUUCGAGGGAACAAAGGUUGUCAUUGGCUGCGACCCAAUGGACCGCAUGGGGGGCGUCCACAAGAAGCUUGAAGCAUUCCAAUGCUUCUUGGAGCGCCAUCCAGAGUGGCAAGGGAAAGUUGUCUUGCUGCAAGUCACGGGCCCUGCAAUACUGGAAGACGACGACGGUGAAAGCAUUGCAUACGCCCGCAAGGUCAACGAGCUCGUCGACUUGAUCAACCAAGACUACGGCUCGCUGGAAUAUGCUCCAGUCCAGCUACACAACCAGAAGCUCUCGCAAGAUGAGUAUUUUGCCCUCUUGCGGCGUGGAGACGUCGCCAUCAACACAUGCGUGCGAGAAGGCAUGAGCACCACGAGCCUGGAGUACAUUGCCUGCCAGCGGGACAGCCACGGGCCGCUCAUCAUCUCCGAGUUCAGUGGAACGGCGAGCAACUUAAAAGAGGCAGUUCAGAUCAAUCCGUGGGACAUUGUACAGGUGGCGGAUCAGAUCAACAAUGCGUUGACUAUGACGCCAGAGAGACGGAGUCGGAUGCACAAGGCGCUGUAUAAGCGUGUUGUUGGGGACAAUGUGGAGCUUUGCGUCAAUGGCAUGAUUUCACGGCUGAAGAAGGUGUUGGCAGCGUGA